AAGAAAUAAUCCAUAACCAAAGAAGGGGCCUAAUUCCUAUAAUCCUGCCUCAUCCUUGUUUCUCAAAUCAGAUCUCUAUGCCAAAAAAGAAGAAAAAGAAAAAGGGAAAAACUGCCGUCGGUUCUCUUCCUCACCUAUCGGACGUCGCCGCCGGCUGAACCUCCGAUCACUGCGCCGGUGGUGGUGGUGGUGGGUUUUUUAUUGCACGGUCCUGGAUUUCUUUGACAGGUAUAAGAGGUGGGGGAAAAUUUUGGGUCGGGGUUUGAUUGGGGUUUUGGAAUUAAUUCUAGGAAAUCACUAUUUGUAUUUGAUUUUUUCAAGAAACGCCCAAUUCUGCUAAACCCCUAUUUUCUCCGCAUUUAUGCACGUGAAAUUCGACUGAUUCUUUCACUCGAGCGCAAUUUUGCUUACGAAUUCAAGCAUUCAACGGCCAGACUUACCCACCCCUGUACCUGAGUUGACUUGCUGGUUUUGGUUAGUCUGGAAGGCACAUUUCUGCAGGAUUUUUGUUUCAAUUUUCUUUUUCUGGGUCUCUGUUGCUGGAAUUGUGAUCUUCCUCUGCUGAAUUGGAGCCAUUUUGCAGGAAUUCGACCUACCCAUUUGUUGUUUUUGAGGCACUUUUUAUAAUUCUAGAUAAUGUUGAAAGAUAUGAAAUUUUUUUCAAUAUCUCCUCAGUCACUUGCUUCUGAAAAGUGAGCCACGAGGGAUUUUGCUCUAUCUUCAACGGUGAAGGUUCUUAAAAGCAUGCAUAGAUUUUUUGGUGAAGUAUGUUAAUGAUGAAAAUUCCAAAGCGUUAUUGGAUCGUUCUUUUAACCUUCAUCUGUACCUCUGUUUGUUAUGUGGAACGUGUUGGCUUCUCAAUUGCUUAUACCUUUGCAGCUGAUGCUGUGGGGGUAGACCAGUCAAGCAAAGGCACUAUUCUUUCAACCUUUUACUAUGGGUAUGCCUGUUCCCAGGUUCCUGGAGGAUGGGCAGCUCAAAAAAUUGGAGGGAAAAGGGUUCUUUUGAUCUCGUUUAUUUUAUGGUCCCUGACCUGUGCAUUGGUCCCACUCAAUCCGAGUCGGGUGAUGGUCUUGGUAAUUGCACGGUUGCUUGUUGGUGUGGCACAAGGCUUUAUUUUCCCUUCAAUCCACACUGUUUUAGCACAGUGGGUACCUCCUCAUGAGAGAUCGAGAUCUGUUUCUCUUACGACCUCUGGAAUGUACCUAGGUGCCGCUGCUGGAAUGCUUAUCCUUCCGAGCCUGGUGAAGUAUAGAGGGCCUCAGUCAGUAUUUGCUGCUGAGGCAUUGUUAGGUGCCACAUGGUCUGUACUUUGGCUCAAGUACGCAAGCGACCCCCCACGUUCUGAACAUCCUAAAGCUGCUGCUGCAGGUUUUGGUGAAUCUUUGCUGCCAAUCAAAGGAAACCAGAAAGUAAAAGUAGAGAAUGGAGGAACUUCAACCCGAACUUCAAACAUUCCAUGGAAGAAAAUCUUGUUGAGCUUGCCAGUCUGGGCCAUCGUCGUAAACAAUUUUACCUUCCAUUAUGCAUUAUAUGUGUUGAUGAACUGGCUUCCUACUUACUUUGAGCUUGGUCUAAAACUUAGCCUUCAGGAGAUGGGUUCUUCUAAGAUGUUGCCUUACCUUAACAUGUUCUUAUUUUCGAAUAUCGGUGGGAUAGCUGCUGAUCACUUGGUCACAAAAAGAAUUUUAUCUGUUACUAGAACCCGGAAAUUCUUGAAUACGAUAGGCUUUGCUGUAGCAUCACUGGCAUUGAUGGCUAUCCCCAUCUUCAGAACUUCUGGUGGGGCUAUCUUCUGCUCAUCCGUGGCUCUUGGUUUCUUAGCUUUAGGGAGAGCAGGAUUUGCUGUUAAUCAUAUGGAUAUUGCUCCUCGAUAUGCUGGUAUCGUUAUGGGAGUCUCCAACACUGCUGGUACGUUAGCUGGUAUUAUCGGGGUCGAUUUGACUGGCAAACUACUGGAAGCUGCGAAGGCUACCAAUUCAGAUCUCUCAAGUCCAGAAAGCUGGAGAGCAGUUUUCUCCAUACCAGGGUUGCUCUGCAUUCUUAGCUCUAUAAUAUUUUUGCUCUUCUCAACUGGCGAGAGAAUUUUUGACUGAGGUGAGCUUCCUUUUUUCUUCGUGGAACUUCCCUCGCAUUCACCAUUAAUGCCACUGAUUUGUGAUCAUCACACCGAUCGGAUUUAUAAACUUCAAAUUGCCACAAAGAGUUUAAAAUGGCUGUAGGAUUAGGAGGAAAUCUUAUGAUUUCAUAUGCCACAUGUUUCAAUUUCUAAGUUAAAGUUUUUUUCAUCUUCUGUUAAUUAAGAAAAAAAAUUGUGUACCAUGAUUUAGCAUCAAUGUAGUUGAUAUUGGUAUUUCUUUGUGACAUUUGUUUUGUGGAUUACUUAUACAUGAAAAUAAAAGUGGGUGGAGUUACAAAUUUGUGAC